GGGGCUGAGAAAAGUGUAGGCGGGAUGAUGCACGUAGCCACAGAAUGGCGCAUGAAACGCGCAACAAACGCGCACGUCCUCAUUCUCCAAACCCAGGUGCCUGAAGAGCAGCUUGGACUCACAGCGCAUCCUCGCUGAACCUCACACGGAAACAAGGAAACAGCGAUGUUUCUGACACCAACGACAGAUUUAUCAUCAACAAAUCGAUAAGUAGCUUCAAGUGACUUGGACAGAACAUCAUGGGAGGAGUGGUGGUGGAUGAUGGAGGCAGUGGGGUGAAGGCCCCAGAUGGAGGAUGGGGCUGGGCUGUGCUCUUUGGCUGCUUCACCAUCACUGGAUUCUCCUACGCAUUUCCUAAGGCUAUCAGCGUCUUCUUUAAGGAGCUGAUUCGUGAGUUCGGCGUGGGCUACAGCGACACUGCCUGGAUCUCCUCUAUUCUGCUGGCAAUGCUCUAUGGCUCAGGCCCCCUGUGUAGCAUUUUAGUAAAUCGCUUUGGAUGUCGCCCUGUGAUGAUGGUAGGUGGCCUCUUUGCUUCGCUUGGCAUGAUCUUGGCAUCGUUUGCCAACAGCAUUGUUCAGAUUUAUCUCAGCACUGGAGUAAUCACAGGUUUGGGUCUGGCCCUGAACUUCCAACCUUCACUCAUAAUGCUGAAUAGAUACUUCAAUGAGAAAAGACCCUUAGCUAAUGGACUGGCUGCAGCUGGGAGUCCUGUAGCACUGUGCUGUUUAUCUCCUCUGGGCCAAAUUCUUCAGUACAAGUACGGCUGGCGUGGUGGUUUCCUCAUCCUCGGAGGCAUACUGCUUAACUGCUGCGCAUGUGGAGCCCUAAUGAGACCAUUAAUAGCGCCAAAGAAGAGUGCAGAAGACCAGGAAGCAGCAAAAGAAGUAGAGGAAAAGCCAAAACCAAAGCACAAGUUGCUGGACUUCAGUGUCUUUAAAGACAAAGGGUUCAUCAUCUACACUAUAGCAGCAGCUAUUAUGGUGUUAGGACUUUUCGUGCCUCCAGUCUUUGUAGUUAGCUAUGCAAAAGAGCUGGGCAAUGAAGACACCAAGUCUGCACUUCUGCUCACCAUUCUUGGCUUUAUCGAUAUCUUUGCUAGGCCUACAUGUGGCAUUAUUGCUGGACUUAAGUGGGUGCGACCACGGUGUGUUUACUUCUUCAGCUUUGCUAUGAUCUUUAAUGGUACCACCGAUAUUAUAGGCUCCCUGUCAAAGGACUACACAUCACUUGUAAUUUUCUGCAUUUUCUUCGGUAUCUCAUAUGGCAUGGUGGGAGCCUUGCAGUUUGAGGUGCUAAUGACCAUCGUGGGAACAGAGAAGUUUUCCAGUGCAAUAGGUCUGGUGCUGCUGGUCGAGGCUGUAGCUGUGCUAGUGGGGCCACCAAGUGCAGGUCGGCUGCUUGAUGCCACCAAGGUCUACAUGUACGUCUUCCUGCUAGCCGGUUGUGAGGUGGUCCUCUCGGCUAUCGUACUUUGCACCUGCAACUUGCUUUUUAUCAAGAAGACUCCUCAGCAGCCUGACCCUGCAGCCAAGAUGGAGACGGCUGCGACGGAGACUGAGAUGGAGCAGCUCAAUAAAGGUUCUCAGGAUGACCUAGAGAAUCAUGAUGCAAGGAAAGAAUCAGAGCCCAAGAAUGUACAGGAAGAAGAACAGAGAAUAAAUCCAGAGGUGAAAGCACAGAAAGAGAGCAAAGAGGACCCAGACAAGCCAGAAGCAGCAAGCGAAGAUGAACUUCAGGUGGACUCGGUAGAUCUUUCAAAAGUGGCGACCAAAGCAAAUGGCGGUGCAGUGGAACCCGAAUCUUCUCUGUGAUGACAGUACCCUGAGAGAAGUAGACCAUUUUAAAAGUAAGAAAGAACUUGAUUGCCGUUUUGUGUGUGUUCGUAUUUGAUGUUUUGAUGUUGUGUGCUUUCUCUACUGCACUGAAAGAUGUCUCGUGAUUACAGGUAUGUUGGUGUUCGGAUUUCAGUGGAAUUUAGAACAUUUGAACUUUUUUAAAACCUUAAAUGGUGACAGGACAAACAUAGACUUUUAUGCACUAAAAAAUGUCAGUAUCCCUAAAAUAGAAAUAGUACCACAAAUUUAAAGCAAGCUAUGCGUACAAGGAUAUGUAAGCAGGCAGACUUUUAUUCCAUAAGUAUUUUGGAUUCAAAAUUACUCUGUUAAUGAUUAUUCCAUUAAAAUUGCACUAAAGCAAAACUGCAACUCGGUCAUUUAGUACUCAGUAUCUAAGAAGGGAUUAGUUGGUUCAGCUGCACUAUUUAAAGGACCUGUGCAGACUACUAAAUGUGCUGCAGAGAGAUCACUGUGUUUUAGCUUUGUUACAAAAACAACAGCCAGUAACCAUUCAUAACUACUAUUGUGAAUACGCUUGAUCUCUAUUGCACACACUGUUAGCUACUGUGUAACACGUUCAUCGUCUAUGAGAAGCUUACUGUAUAGGGUUUUUUGUGGCAUUUGUCAACACACGUUAUGCAAAUUGUUGUUCGGGUAUAAAAGCAGGUGCUUCAAGUGACUCAAAAUCAAACGUCUAUUUAAUAACCGUCCAUAUGUCUGUAUUUGGAGACCCAUUGGUCCUACUUGGGGUGAAUGACAAAAUGAGAGUUAAACACAUUCUAUUCAUUUUCAUUCUGUUUCAUUUCUGUUGCGAAUUGUUUAAAUGGGCUACUUUGUGUGCUGUAUUUCCAAGUGCAGUGAAACUUGGAAAUCAUCUACUGGUUGAGGCACAAAUGAGUGUGUGUCUCAGUCACACCAGAUUUAACCCUUACGCUCAUUAACAAGCCAUUUGUGAGCUAAAUUAAGUGUUACAGCAAAAAAACAAACAUUUCACUGAAGUAUCACCGGUCUGAACAAGUACAGAGCAUCUGAGCUUUUUUUUUUCAAUUUUGGGGUUAAUAAAGAUAUGAAAUCUCAAGUGACACUCCUGCCAUUGAUUUUAAUGUUCUAGCUUUAUAGUUAGAAGCUGCUUUACAGUAUUUUUCACAGUCAGUUUAUUUAUUUUUGCUAGAUAUUGAUUCCUAGCUAUUUUUUAAAAGUAGUUUUAGAUAUUUAGUUUGUAUUGAAAAAAUGUUCAGCAGUUAAAGGAUGCACCGUUCAUGACUACCUAUCCAGCAUCUUGAUUGGGUCAGUAAUGAGAGACACUUCUGAUAAAGAUUGUGAACCAGAUUAGUAUAUGUGGUGCUCUUUGUUGAUGAUAUGAAAUACUUAAGAGUUGGCUGUGCCUUAAAUGUGGAAAGAAGUUACAGCAAACACAUCAAAAGGAAUGUUUUAAAAACCAUUAUCUUCACUAUUCUGUUUUCUUUUCCUCAAGAUGCUGUGUGUGUGUCUAUAUUUCGGUAAGAUGUUGAAUAAAAUUCUGAACUGAAAGAAAAAGCUGA